GUAAGUUUAAUUGUAUUACGAUGAAUAUCACAUAUUUUCCUCUUUCCUUUGGUGGUUUGCUUCUUUCAUGGAUUUCUCUCAUUUGUUUAUGUUAUAUUGUGUGGUGGAAGCAUGAGAGCUAUAGAGCUAAGCUUAUUAGAGAGCAAGGAAUCAAAGGUCCUCCACCUUCUCUGCUAUUGGGAAACAUCCCAGAAAUGGAGAAAAUGGUUUCUCAAAAUUCUGAAACGCCAGAGAUUGAUGGUCCCUUGACUGUUUUACCAUAUCUCAACCACUGGACCAACAACUAUGGUAAGUUGUUCAAGUUUGCACUAGGAGGAAUACAAUUGUUAUAUGUGAAUAAUCUGAAUAUAGUAAGAGAAAUAAAUAUGUUCACAUCAUUUGAACUUGGAAAACCUGCUUAUCUACGAAAUGACAGAGGAGUUCUCUUGGGCAAAGGCCUUAAUGCAUCAGAUGGUGAAAGUUGGUAUCAUCAAAGAAAGACAGUUGCCCCUCAACUCUACAUGCACAAGGUUAAGGAUAUGGUGAAUCUGAUGGUGGAGUCAAGUUUCAUGCUAGUUAAAUCAUGGGAGAAGGCAAUUGACAUAGAAGGUGAGGCUGGAAUCGUUGAUAUAGUGGUGGAUGAACAUGUGAGAAACUUCACUUGUUAUAUUGCCUCAAAAUUAAUAUUUGGAAGUUAUCAUCAUCAAGGAAUUAAAAUACUUUCCAAGUGUCAUGAACUCCUCAAGGCUAUGGGUGAAACCACAACCCUUGGGAUUCCUUUACUAAGAUUUCUUCCCAUAGAAAGAAAUAAAAAAACAUGGAGAUUAGCAAAAGAGAUCCAUGGGUUGAUAAUGGACAUAGCUAAGGAGAGAAGUGGAUCUACAUCUCAUCACGACUUGUUACAAGCUCUCAUUGAAGGUUCCAAGAAUAGUAAGCUUUUGACGUUACGAGAAGAUGAGUUCAUAGUUGACAAUUGCAAAAGUAUUUGCUUUGGUGCACACGAAUCCCCUGCUCUUGCAGCAAGUUGGGGUUUAAUGUUGCUAGCUUCACAUCCUGAAUGGCAAGAUCGUGCUCGGGCUGAAGUUUUAGAAGUUUGUGAGGGACAACAACUUUUAGACUACAACAUGCUCAGCAAAAUGAAAGUGUUAAAAAUGGUGAUCCAAGAGGUUUUAAGACUUUAUCCAGGAGUGACAUUGGUUUCAAGGGAGGCAGUGCAAGAUGUGAAGCUUGGUGACUUGAAGGUUCCAAAAGGAAUGGGCAUUUGGAUAUGGCUAUUGGCAUUGCAUCGUGAUCCCGAGUAUUGGGGAGCUGAUGCAGACAUGUUUAAUCCUCAGAGGUUCAUCAAUGGAGCUAAAGAAGCUUGUAAGUCUUCACAAGCCUAUCUACCUUUUGGGUUAGGAGCUCGAGUGUGUCCUGGAGAGAACUUGGCUUUGACAGAAUUAAAGGUGCUCUUUGCUAUCAUACUAUCCAAUUUCAAAUUUACUAUCUCUCCUAAAUAUCAACACUCGCCUUCUUAUGGGUUGCUUUUGGAGCCUGAGUAUGGUGUGAACCUCCUCAUUCAAAAGAUAUGAAUGCUUUACUUGAAGGUUUUGUGAUAUAUAUAUGGUAGACUAGCUUCAUGGAGUAAGUUCUCAUUCAAUAAGUUCAUGUACUUUUGUAUUAAGAGUAAUUUUAUAAGCAAAACUGCUUCAUAUAUGAUGUGGGUAAUCCUCCCCUAAGAGGGUGCUUUUUAGAAUGUACUAAGCUUAGCCUUAUAUAUUUUAUCAACAUAAUUCACCUGAAAUAUGUUUAUUCUUC